AAUUCUUCUUAAAUUCUCCUCCACACCCCACCAAAAAAAGAGAAGAAAAAAAAAGUGAGGGAAAAAUAGAAAAUCACUUGAAAAAAAAAAGAAAAAGAUAUGAGGUUCUUGAAAUGUGUUAUUUUUCUUGUUAUAGUUUUUUAUGUAGUGAAUGGGGAUCCUCUUGUUCCAGCAUUGAACAUUUUUGGUGACUCUGUAGUUGAUGUUGGAAAUAAUAACAAUUUAACUACUCUCAUCAAGGCAAAUUUUCUUCCUUAUGGAAGAGAUUUUGUUACACAUAGACCCACCGGAAGGUUCUGCAAUGGAAAGCUGGCCACUGACUUCACUGCUGAAUAUCUUGGGUUCACUACCUACCCACCAGCUUACCUUAGCCCAGAGGCUAGAGGGAGAAAUAUACUCACUGGUGUCAACUUUGCCUCUGCUGCUUCCGGUUAUUAUGAAAGGACUCCUCAGCUUUAUCGUGCACUUACCUUGGCACAGCAGCUAGAAUAUUACAGGGAUUGGCAAGGAAAGGUAGUGAAUUUAGUGGGGAGGGCCCAAGCUAAUAACAUAAUCUCAGGAGGAAUCCAUCUAUUAAGUGCAGGGAGCAGUGAUUUUAUUCAAAACUAUUAUAUUAAUCCAAUGUUCAACAGGAUCGUCUCACCUGAUCGGUUUUCGGACAUGCUUAUGCAGUCUUAUACUACAUUUGUUCAGAACCUCUAUAGUAUGGGAGUAAGGAAAAUCGGAGUCACAACUCUGCCACCAACGGGUUGUUUGCCAGCAGCCAUUACUUUGUUUGGUAGAGGAAGCAAUCAAUGUGUUGCUAGAUUGAACCAAGAUGCUGUUUUCUUCAACAGCAAGCUCAACAGGACAUCAGAUAAUUUGAGGAGCAGGCUUCCAGGACUCAAACUUGUUGUCUUCGACAUCUAUCAGCCUCUUUUCGAUAUGAUCACUAAACCAGCAGAUAGCGGAUUCUUUGAAUCAAGGAGAGCUUGUUGUGGGACUGGUACGAUAGAAACAUCAUUCCUUUGCAAUGUCAGGUCAAUAGGGACAUGCUCCAAUGCCACACAGUACGUCUUUUGGGACGGAUUCCAUCCCUCUGAAGCAGCUAAUGAGAAAUUAGCUCAAAGUCUGCUGGAGCAGGGCUUUGAUCUCAUCUCUUAAUGCCUGAAAGCUGCGGAUAUCGUCUACUUUUCUAGUUCAGUCAUUUAGUGAUACUGUUCUACAGUUGCUGUUGGAGUUGCAUCAAGUUUAAGCUAUAUAUUAUGUCUUGUGAAGAAGUAGUUAUAAACUAUUUAAGGGGCUGCUGAUAGCCUUCCUAAGUUCAUAUAUGUUUGCCAAGAUUUUACCUACUGUUACAUAAUAAUCAGCAGAAAGGUUAUUAAUAGUA